UUUAAAAAUUACAUUCCUCUCCGGCAUCACUGCUCAUAGAUUAGUGUGGAGUCAGUCAUGUUUCGAAAGACAUUUUUCAUCUGGUACAUCAAGGUGGACUGGGAUUCCUGCAGGUCCAGAGUAUCUCAUAUGGACGCAGUGAUCCGUCGGUGCCCGUUCCUCUCUGUUGUGCCCAGUUUUGUCCUGCAGCUGACUGGGAAGUCUUCGUUGGUGAACUAUGCUAGAAGAUGUCCCGUGAUGAUGGAGCUGGUCUCCAGGCCUCUGGCCAGAGCUCUGUCCUCUUCUGCUUCUGCAUCUAAAGGCACCACAACAAGUGAUGAUCAAAAGCAUGAAAUCAAGUUGCCACCAGGCCACAUAUUGCCACCUGCUGGCCAGGCUGUAGGCUCCAAAUGCCCUUUCCUGGCUGCAGAAAUGGUGCAUAAAAACACCAGGGUUGUGAGAGAGGCCAGUAUCGAGCUGCAAGAAGACGUCCAGGAAAUGCAUUCUGUUCGCACAGGGAAAAAAGAUGUAUCGGUUGUGGAACUUAUUGAGGCAGAUAAGGCCAACAAAAGCUUGCCAAUAAGCCUUUUUAAACCUGCAUCUUCCAAAGUGUCUCACCUAUUAAAGGACAAUCUGCCUAAUGUUGUCAGCUUCCAGUAUGACAAGUAUUUUGAAAAGAAGAUUGAAAAUAAGAAGACGGAUCACACAUACAGGGUUUUUAAGACAGUGAACCGAAGUGCCUCCACAUUCCCCAUGGCAGACGAUUACUCUGAGUCUUUACAUGCAAAGAGAGAUGUGUCAGUGUGGUGCAGCAACGACUACCUCGGUAUGAGCCGCCACCCCAAAGUCACACAGACAAUCAUGGACACUGUACGGAAGCACGGUGCUGGCGCUGGAGGCACACGAAACAUUUCAGGGACGAGCAAAUUCCACGUUGAACUUGAAAACGAGCUAGCUGACUUGCACAACAAGGAUGCUGCACUUCUGUUCACUUCCUGCUUCGUAGCCAAUGACUCGACGUUGUUUACUCUGGCAAAAAUGCUACCAGGUUGUGAAAUCUACUCUGACGCUGGCAACCAUGCCUCAAUGAUCCAGGGUAUUAGAAACAGUGGAGUCAAGAAGUUUAUCUUCCGUCACAAUGACGUCAGCCACCUGCAAGAGCUGCUUGAGAAGUCGGACCCCUCCACUCCAAAGAUUGUUGCCUUUGAGACGGUGCAUUCAAUGGAUGGGGCUGUGUGCCCACUAGAAGAGAUGUGUGAUAUUGCCCACAAAUUUGGUGCCAUUACCUUUGUGGAUGAAGUUCAUGCUGUGGGCCUGUAUGGGCCCAGAGGAGGGGGGAUCGGGGACAGAGACAAAGUCAUGCACAAGAUGGACAUCAUCUCUGGUACUCUUGGCAAGGCGUUUGGCUGCAUGGGGGGCUACAUCGCCAGCACCAGCACCCUGGUGGACACGGUGCGCUCCUACGCUGCAGGCUUCAUCUUCACCACCUCCCUGCCCCCCAUGCUGCUGGCGGGGGCAAAGGAGUCCAUCAAGGUCCUGAAGAGUGAGGAGGGCCAGGUGCUCCGGAGGAAACAUCAGAGGAGCGUCAAGCUGCUCCGACAGAUGCUGAUGAACUCGGGCCUUCCUGUGGUCCACUGCCCCAGCCACAUUAUUCCUGUCAGGGUGGCAGAUGCAGAGAAGAACACUGAGAUCUGUGACAUCAUGAUGUCUCGUUACAACAUCUACGUCCAGGCCAUCAACUACCCCACGGUGGCUAAAGGAGAGGAGCUGCUGCGCAUCGCCCCCACGCCGCUCCACGCUCCACAGAUGAUGCUCUACUUUGUUGAGCGGCUGGUGGAGACGUGGAAGGAGGUGGGUUUGGAGCUGAAGCAGCACUCCUCAGCAGAGUGUGACUUCUGCCAGCAGCCUCUUCACUUCCAGCUGAUGAGUGAGAGGGAGAAGUCCUACUUCACAGGUCUCAGUCACAUGAUUUCAGCAGUAGCUUGAUGUUACAUAAAACACUAAAUCCAAACAAGCUCCACCUUGUAGCAUUCUUAUUUAUUAUAUUUACUUUAAAUAUAUUGUGUGUAAAAUGUUUAGUGUCAGCAAUAAAUGUGUGU